AUGGCUUCUUCACGACCCGGAGAAAGCCUGCCAAAUGGCGGCUUCCACAACGACGAAGCCAGCUCCAACCUGGACAAAGACUACGAAUUGUUAAUGCAAUACCCCGAAAAAGUUGAUUACUACAGCCUCCUCGGACUAUCGCGCAACCCGCCCCCCACAGACAGCCAGCUACAAACCGCAUACCGCAAUCUAUCCUUGAGUCUCCACCCAGACAAGCAGCCCGCGCAUUUAGUCGAGUCAGCCAACGUACAGUUCAGACUUGUGCAAGAAGCGUACAAUGUUUUGAGCGAUCCGAAGAAACGGAUUGUUUAUGAUCUAGAAGGCGAAGAGGGAGUUCAGCGUGAAUGGAGUGCAAGUGGACCGAUGGCGGCGAGGAUGGAAGUCGAAGAUGCGAGUUUGGGCCAAGUUGGCCCUAGAGCAAUGUCGCCAGCUGAGUUUCGAAAGUGGUUUAUUGCGAGGAUGAAGACGAAGGAGAAGACGGCUUUGAAUCGGUUGGUUGCUGCAAAGGCAUCCAUGUCAAUUACCGUCGACGCAUCUUCGUUAUUUUCUCCCGGUAAGGAGGAAGGUGAAGUGGUGCUCAACAUUCCACCACCAAAUAUACGCGCGAGUCGUUUUGUUCUCGGAUACUCUUUCAAGACAGCCUUACCGGAUUUUGCAGGCGCUCGGGCAUGGUUUUCCGGAAAACAUACAGACACCGAAGAAGAAUCAACUCAGGACAAUGAAAAGUCAGAAGACGAGGUCGAUUCUCCACCCGAGAUCACCUUUCAUGCCAGUGUUAGUGGUGCGAUACGGCAAACCAAGCAGGCAAUUGGGCUACCUACUCCGGAUGGAGAGACGGAAGUCAUCAAAAUUGACGGCCCGCCUGUCCUAGGCGGCGCCUCGUUCAGCCUGGCUGCCAAUAUCAGCCACAAAUUUUCAACUGCUGGAUUACAGGCAGGUCCUCGAUCUAAAUAUAGUAUGCGGUCUUUGCUCGAGGGAGCAUCAGUUGGUGGAAGCUUGACUAUUCUACCAGCUCGGGCACUUGCCCUAAAUUUCGAGAAACAAGUAUACCCAUUCCCCAACAGCAAGCCAUUCACAGUGCUCGUCAAAAGUACCAUACCAUCUAAUGUCAACAACUUCAUGCCUAAUGUAACGACAUCAAUUGUGCGGCAGUUUGGUCCUAGAAAGUUUGGCUCUCUGUCAUACUCGACUGGUUCACAACUUAUGUGGCCAUCAUUCGCGAGAGGCUUCUUAUCCCCGUUCAUGAACAUGUCGCUUGACCCAAGAUUAGAGCCUCUACUGGUCAACGACGGCUCGCUGCAGCUUCAAUAUACAUCUGUGUCAAGCCCGUCGGCUUUAGAAGUAGCCGACGAUUCCGGUCCCACAAAGUCAAAAGAAAAUGAGGUUUGGCAGUGGGGCCUUGCUGCGACCCCAGCCGGGGGUCAGUUGAGUCUGACAUACGGCCGCACGUUCUUUGCGGAUAGACUCGAGGAUGUUCCACGCUCAGAGUGGAAUCUGGAUGGCUACCAUCCAGCAAUUCCUUUACCAGACCGCCGCGGCGUACGAGUCGAGGUCGAAGCGGCCAUUGGUCUAGAUGGGGACAUGGCCUGGAGCGUGACAGCUUCUCGCAGAGUUGCCGAGUUCACUAAUAUGGGGCUUGGUGUCAGUCUACGUGAUGCGCGUGGUCUAGUUCUUGCCGUCUCAUGGCGCCGUUUGGGACAAUCCAUCAGGGUGCCCAUAUUGAUUUGCCCACUGGAUCUUGCAGACGCGGAAAUAUCCACCUUGGCCGUUAUUGUCCCCUUGCUCACCUAUAUGGGCGUCGAAUUUGGAUACAUCCGUCCGCAAGAAAGACGCCGUCGCCGCGAGGCUAUUAUCCGCAAACGAAAACAACUCAAAUCUCAAAUUGCCGCGCGCAAAAAGGAAAGUGCGCAGCAGAUUGCGUUGAUGAGUGACUUGACAAGACGACGACAGGCGCGUGAGAAGGAUCAAGGUGGACUGGUCGUGGAGAAAGCCGAAUAUGGGUAUAUGCCGCCCAAAAAUGCGAAACGUACAGAGUCCGAGGUUAUUGAUGUGACCAUCCCUGUGGCCGCGCAAGUUGAGAAGAGUCAACUGUUUAUAUCGAAGAAUACCAUUCGUUUCCAGAUAAUAGGUUUCUACGACCCAGCCCCUCUACUCCCCAAAACAUUGAAAGUAUGGUAUACCUUCCGCGGUCAACGUCAUUACGCCGAAGCCAGAGAUGGAGAAGACCUGGCAUGUCCGCGAAGAGAACACAUGCUCAUCCCUGAAGAUUUAUAA